GCGUACGUACGUAAUAAUUAUCACGUACGUACGUAAUAAUACUGCGUACGUACGUAAUAAUACUACGUACGUACGUGAUAAUUUUUUUUUUUUUGGUUGUCAAAAAUGUCCGGUUUGGGGCUUCGUAUGAUUUCAUUGAGGUUUUGCAAUAAUAUAACGAAGCAAUCGUUGCGUAAUCGCAGUUGUCGGCUGUCCACGCAUUGCAUGCAGUAAGCGAAUUGUUAACACUCAGGAAAGGUGGAAUCUUUUGUCUUUUAAUCGUGUAAAUCAUACCUAAAAUAUUUCCAACCAUUCAUAUCAACAUACCAUGCAUUGAAUAUGUCUAAAAAGCAGAAACAACGGACUAAAGGCAAUGUUCGGCCCUCAAGCAGUGGCCAGGCUGCUGAGCUGCUGGCCAAAGAAGGCGGUGGUCAUGUCGGAUUCGUUGGCUUUGGAUCGAUGUCUGGUGACCUUGGGUAUGUGCCAACCAGCGUCGGAUUCGAAGACCAGGACGCCGGUCUGGACACUGACUUCAGGAUGGUGCUUCGGAAGCUCAGCAAGAGGGAUGUAGUCACUAAACUCAAGGCAAUUCAAGAAUUCCAGGGACUUUGCUCUGAGAAGGAAGAAGAUGCUAUUGUAUCCGUACUGCCACACUGGCCUAGGCUCUAUAAUAGACUCUCAAUGGACCAUGACAAGCGGGUGAGAGAGGCUACCCAGCAGAUGUUCAUCAAGGUGGUCAGCCGGGUCAAACGUAACCUUGCCCCUCACCUCAAGGCCAUCAUGGGGUGCUGGUUGAUGGCUCAGAAUGACCCUUACGCCCCUGCAGGGUCAAGUGCAAGGGUUGCGUUCAGGACAGCUUUCACGUCGCCAGAGAAGCAGGGCAAUGCAGUGGCUUUCUGCAAGACCGAGGUGCUUCAGCUUUACAAGGACAAUCUGUUCAAGGAAACUCCUGAGACACUCAGUGAUCCAAAGUCAUUUUCCAAAGAGGAGCAGACUGAGAAGUACCUGAGAGUGGUGAGCUCAUCUCUGCUUGCUCUCAGAGAGUUUGUCAGUCUCUUACCACAGGGACAGCUGGAAGGGAGCAAGGAAGAACUGAGCACCAUUCUUUCAGAAGACAGACUCUGGAAGUAUGUCAAGCAUCAGUCUCCAGAGAUUCGUGGUGCUAUGUACAGUUUACUAGGAACCCUCUGUAGCAUGGUACCUUCUAUCCUGACCCCCUACCUCCCCAAGCUUUGCCCAGCCCUCUUGGCUAGCAUGAAUGAAACAGACCCAUUGACCGUUGGGCCACUCUGGGAUGGCAUUCUUAGACUCAUCUCCUGUGAUCUAGAUUGUUGGAGGUUUGUGAACAUGAGGAAAGCAGUCCUUCCCAAGCUAUGGUCUGUCCUUCGUCACGGGGGUAGCGGAUGCGCCACCACCAUAUACCCACACCUCCUUCCGCUUCUCAGUCAUCUACCUCACGAGGUCAAAGGUCAAGAUGAGGCCUUCUACAGGGAAUUCUUCAACAACUUCAGGGAAGGACUUAGUUGUAAGAGUGUUAGUCAGAGCAGCAGUGAGAACACAGCUGUUCUGAAGUCUUUCAUGGAGUGUCUUAGAUACAGUAUAGCACAGAAUCUCUCCAGUGAUAACACAUCUGUUCACACCCAUCUUAUUGAUCAACAGCUUAUGCCUCUUCUGAAGUCCUCUUUGAGUGAAGAAGGCAAGGCAUGGAGUGUGGUGACCAUUUAUCAGCAGACCGGUGCCUUGCUUAACUACCUUUAUAAGCAGAAGGAUGAUGAGGAGAAGGGGUCACCUGCUCAACAGGUUUUGGAGUAUCUGUGGUCAUGCAUCUCUGCUUUGUGUGUGGAUCAUGUGACAUCGAUAUUGACCAAUCAGGAAGCAGGAUUGAAUAACGUUGCAAUGAUCGUUGCUGUACUGAAGAACCCUAAUACAGCUGAGAUCAAGAAGACGGGAGUCAUUAAGAGAAGAAGCAAGGGAGCAAGGAUCAGGUUUGCUGUGGAGGAGGAGGAGGAAGGAGAAGGAGGAGAAAAGGAAGACCCAUCAGGUAGCUGUCUUGAUAAUAGACUAAAUGUCGGCAAUCAACAAACUAGCACUGCUCAAAGAACAGUAGAAGCAUUGAGUACCGAGCCAUCCAUCCAACAUCCCCAGCUUCCAUCUCUCGUCUCUGACCUCAUCCAGUCAUCGUUCCACCUAGUGAAGGACUCCCUACCUCAUCUCAACUUCCUAGCCCAGCUCGUCAAAACUUUCCCCACCCAAGGCACCAUCCGAACCUUGCUGAAAUCAGCAAGUGUGAAUACAGCCAGUGUUAAUCCAACUGAUGUGAAUUCAUUUGGUGAGAAUACAACUGAUGUGAACACAACUGGUGUGGAUACAUCUGGAGUGAACACAACUGAUGAGAAUGCAGCUGAUGCAAAUGCACUUUGUGUAACCCACCCAGGAAGUGACCCCACUAGCAUAGAUGCCGUAUCAACAGGAGAUGUACAAGAUAAGGAAGUAGCUGAGAGCAAGUCAUUAAGUGAGAAUGACAAAGAUCAACAAUUAAGUAGGACUAGUGAAGAUGUGAAGAGCACUGAGGAUGCCGGAGAAGAGGAUGAGGAAUCCAAAAAGGGUAAACUGGAUGAGAAGGUGGAGGAGAACGAGGGGGUAGAAAAGCUGGAUGAUGUUAGUGAUGAUGAUCUUCUUCCGCUGAGAUGCAUCUAUUCAUUCCUGUUACCAUGGUUACUUGAUGUUGAGAAGGGAAGUGAUUUUAAAAAGCAGGAGAAGGUGUUAAGAUUGGGAGCUGUCCUUGACAUGACUGUUGCAGUUCUCUUAACCAUCAACGAAGAGAAUCGGAUCUUGGUUUUCGAUGCUGUGUGCCUCAAAGCGGAGACGUCGCAACUUCUCCAUCUCACUAUAUGCAAGAUGAGAGAUAAACCCGAGCUAUCAUGGACGAUGGAUGCUUGGCUUCAGUCGGAUCUGUUUGGUCAGAAGCUCCUACCAAUCCAAGAUGAACUGUGCCGUCUGACUCUUGAAGGGCAGCUUGAGUACAGCUCUGUAGGAUGGAAGCUCAUCUCCCUGGCCCUUUCCUCCGGCAAACAUGACGAGCCACUGAUUGGAACCACUUAUGCUGAGCUGCUCCUCGUUGGAUUUUACCAUGCCCUUACCAGACCAGAUGUUGUUGCCAAGGCAACCCAAUGCAUCAGCUUCAUAUGUGAUGUGACCACCAAUUUCUUUUCUGCUGUUAAGGGAUGUAUUCAUCUCUCAUCCUCCACUGACCUCUUACUAGCCAUCUUUCAACUGGAAUGCAAAAAUGCUCACAAUCUAUCAGGAUCUUUGAAGGAGAAAGUACGUCAAACUUGGGUUCAAGGAGUGCAAUCAUUAGUAAAGCAGACUGGUGGGUUGCUCACCGAUCAAGGCUUGCUUGUCAGGACUACACAGUGGAUCAAACAAACACUGAAUGACAAAGAAGGGAACGUACACCAGUUUGAGGAGUUGGGGGCAUCCACAAGUGCCUUUUUGGCAGCCAUCUUGGAUGGGUUACCUAGCAACCAUGAAGAUAGUUGUCAGGAUGUAUUGAAGACCCUAUUGGUGUCUGUGCUUCCUUCUGAUACUGAGUGGGAUAGUCAGAGACGGGAAUUAGCCAAUCAGUGGAUAUCCUCUGCAGUGAUUGGUCAGCAGAUGACCCAGUACAACCUUUCACCUUUGACCUCAGCCAACAAAACCAAUGCCCCACAAGCAAUGAAACUCGCUCUUUUCGUCAGUACGCUCAUAUCAGAACUGGCCAAAAAUGCUCCAACAGUUCAUCCAGUUUUACAAGAAAAUGAUGAUGAAGUUGGAGAAGAGGAUGAGGUUAUUGCCUUGAAAAUGAGUUGGUUGCCAUGGCAAUGUGAAGCCCUGCAAUCUGCCAUCACUGAAGUGAUGUAUAUGAGAGAGUGGUGUCAGGCGAUGACUGGAUUUGAAGCAGCUCCACAGAAGUUGGCAGCUGGUACGGCAGUCAUUGCGUCAUCACCAGACUACUGCUACCUAUAUCCACAGACCUUGGGGCAGGCAACAGACGGCAUCUGGGAGCACCUGACACAACCCGAGUGGCAGCAGCUGUUUGGCCACAUACUUGACAGGUCUCUGAAAUCUGGUGGCCUUUGGUCAUAUGUUCUCCACUGCUUUAUUGAGAACAACUACAAACACAAUAGUGACAAGGACCGAAUAAGUAUCUGGCAACCCAUGGACACACCAACACAACCAUGGCUUGAGAUUUCCAGUGAGGAGAUACUGCAGACAGUAGAGAGACUGGUGCCUCAUUUCAAUGAUAGGCAUUGCCAGGAGCUUGCUGAGUGCCAUGCUGGGAUGCUGAUGUCAUGUGAAGGAGAUCAGAUCACCAGUCUGUGUGCUAUAUCGAACCUGGCAAUACUAAUCAGAUGUAUCACCAUGAAUCGUCAUGGAGUCUUGCCUGACAUUGCGUUGAGUAGUCUAAGACAGCUUCAACACUGGAGAGAGAAAUCAAACUCUGUCUUCCUUUUCAGUGGGGAGGAGCUGGAAGGGGCCUCUUCAGAACUGCUUUGUCUCAACAUCAAGAUGGUGCAGCUAGUGACUUGUAUUGUUGAGAAGAUCCCUGCGGAGCUGGAGUCACAUGACUGGGACUUCAUCCUUUGUUCUCUGAUUGCUUGGGUGCAGGCAUGCAGUGAAAACACAUCCAAUGUCCAGUCCUCAUCAGUCUUAGCUGCCACCCUGUUUGCCGCGACCUCUGACCUUUUGUCCAUAACGUCCAGGCUCUUUGGACAUUCCGAGAGAUCGGCCAAGCUUCCAUCUGGCCUCCUGACUGAGUGGAGUGAGUUCUUUAGCGAUGGUGCUUACAGCGUCUUCCUGCCAGCAUUCAUGCAGCUCUUGGAGCAAGAGAGUGUAUGGAAUGCUGCUGGUAUGGAUUCAGCCCCUCUUCUACAUGCCCUGUGCGAGGCUGCAGCUUACACCCCAACGGAGCAGCUGAAGGGACAUUGCCUUCCCACCAGACUACAGCCAGGAAGCACAAGACAUGUCCCUGACACCCUUCACACUCUGCUAAAUCACCUAGUGGCUCUUCUUACUAAACCGUACAGACCAGUCCAGAUGGCGGCUUUUAACAUGCUACAGAGGGUAAUGCCAGAAUUUGCCAGGUAUGACGAAGAGUAUCUGCAGGUCAAGAACAAAACACAGGCGGAUGAUGAGGAUGAGGCACCCAGUAUCUUGCCUCCGACUGGCCUACAGAAACUGCUAGACUCCUCUACAGCCUUCAUGGAAGCUCUUCUCCAGGACAUACCCGUAGGCGAGUGCACCAUUGUAGAGCCUGGCUCCGAAGCCUACAUGCAGACCUCUUCAUACCUGCUGGCAUGGAAGCUGUACUUGACAAUUUUUCGAGCCGCCACGAUGGAGGUAAGAGCACAGUACUCAUCCUAUCUGAAGCAGACAAAAGGAAUUCAUUCUUUACUGGAGAGUCUCUUCUGUCUUAUGCCCGAAGAUCCAACCUUAGAGAGGUCAACGACCCCUAGCAAGGGGUCACAGGUGACCAUGUUUAGCAAGCCUCCGGACUUGACCCCUAAAGCCACCCACGUGAAGGUGAAUGAGGUCCAGCACCUUGCCUGCUCGGUCUUCUUCAGUCUUCUUCAGGAUGUACCAGCUAUCGCCAGACAAUGGUGGACAUUGCAGGACAGAAGAAUAGCCCCAUAUGUUGACAGGUUCACCACCAAGUUCGUCAGUCCCUUGCUAUGUGCGGAGGAGAUCCGCUCUGUCCAAGAGAACCCCAGCACGGCCGAGAACAUGACCGUCAAGGCCCGUCUGUCCACCCGAGAGGUCAUCGCCACCUACUCCAUGCAGGAGCUCAACAUUGAGAUGAUGAUAACCCUGCCGGCCAACCAUCCCCUAGGACCCAUAGAGGUGGACAAUCGACGCAAGGUGGCUGUAGGGACAUCGCAGUGGCGUCAGUGGACGUUGAUGCUGACCACCUACUUGACCCAUCAGGUACGUUUAUUGAUACUCGUGUCACAUUUUCAUUGUGAGAGACUGACAUGGUGUGUGUUUGGAAUACUCCCUAGGGAGUGGAGGAUGUGCAUUCAUUGUGUGCGGGAAACACUGAUUUAUUCAGAUGACUUAGCAAUUAUGAUUUGUAUGUCCUUAAUAUUAAGUGCCUUAUAAAAGCAGGAUUAUUAUUAUUAUUAUUCAAGUUUGUCUCAUUUGAUGAGCAAAUUGCUGAAAAUUCAUCAAAAUCUGAUAAAAAAUAACAAAAUUCUUGAAUAUUAAAUAUUAAACUCUUUUUUUUUUGCAACUGAUAUUACUGAGCAGCAUGUGGCCAUGAAUAUGCAAUAAAUGGAACGAUAAUGCCAUAUCCUCUAGCUCUUUCCCCUUUUUAUGAUUUUAUUGAAAAUUUGAAAUGAACUCGUAAUUGGCUCAAAUGUAUGUAUGUCGCCCGAGUAACAAAAUGAUGAUCUUUGAAGCAAUAUUCUGUGUGGACAAUAUUCUGUGUGGACAAAAUUUGAAUAAACCUAAUUUUGUAUGAUACUGUACAACAGACCCUCAUUGCAUAUUCCUUGAGACAUGAAUAUAAAUUUCACCGAAAUAGGGCCUAAUGCAACAUUUUAAGAAACCAUAUUUUUUUCUACUCAUUUCCAAUUAUUAUCAAUUUGUCAGUGUUUUGUUUGUUUCACUUUACUGUUCGAACCGUAUUAUUUUCUUCAGCCUGGAGUACCCCUUUAGGAAUAGGUAUAUAGCGGGGGAAGUUGAUUAGUGCCAAGAUAUAUGAUCCUUUUCAAAGAUUUUUCUUCCAAGAUAUAUCAUGUAUUUAGAUGUGUGAAGACAUUUUUUAUGAAUAGACCCUACAUUAGAAAGAAGAAAAAUAGCUGAUUAAAUUUAUCGCAUGAUAACCAUCAUUGGCAAAUACUCUAUCAUGAGCAUGAUGAGUGAAGUCUGUGAAGAGCAUUUGCAAACAAUAGAAACUGAUGAAAAGUGGGAUUGCAUUUUUUUACAGAAUCUCCAUCGUAAUAUCGUGAUAGGCAAUUUUUUAGAUCUUUUUAAGUUUAUUCGAUAUUUUUAACAUUAAAUUAGUAAUACUACCUGCUGCCAUUUCAUGUUUAAAAUGUAAUAAUAAUUCAAUUUUGUAGGCCUAUAUGAUAAUGAAUUACAUUCCUUUACCCUUUCCUAUAGACAAGAUUUUAAACUUGUAGGAUGUGCAAAUAAUCACAUUCAACUAAAUCUAAGUUAAAUCUAGAUCACUACCAAGACUACGCACAAAUUAUAGAUUUUGCCUAACUCUAAUCCCCUAUUAAACAACAGCUUUCUCUGCAUUCUUCGCGGUAAUUCUACCCAUGUUGUUAAGAGCUGAUUUGUUAAUGGAUAAUACUAUACAGAUUGUGAUGUCAAGCGUUGAUCUCAGAUGUAAAUAAUUAUAGCCAUCGCGGCGAGACUACCGGUUGUAACAGGGGCCCUUUGUUAGCGCAGUGUUAGUGAAAUGUUACUGUAACAGCGGCUAGCAGCAUUUCUGUGCGGCCGAUACAGGAUGAUAAACAAGAGUCAAGUUGAUAUCAUCCUGCGAUUAAUAAAGAAUAGUGAGUGAAUGACAUCAUUAGCUUAUCUGCAAUAUAUUUGUAGAGAUGUAUUUGCACUUCCCAUGGUGCAACUCACCAGCAUAGAAAAUCAUGAGGGCGACGAGCAAUUUUGCCCUCGUGACAGCCCCUAAAAUUCCCUCCAACUGCAUGCUUUGGGGCGAACAUUUUUUUCUAAAGUCGCCCCAAGAUUUGUCACAAACAAUAUUCAAGAUUAUUUAGAAAAUCAAUAUUCUCACUGUGGCAGAAUAAAGAUAAUUUGCUCUUACUGCAUAAUUGCUUGUUACCCCUAAAAAGUAUCACUAAGAAUGUAAGAAAUAGCCCCCAAAUUCUUGCAAUGGCCCAAAUAUGG